GAGAAGCGAGGAGGCGGUCGCCCCGCAGGAGCCCUAUGUAAAUCCUAGUGUUGGGUGGGGAGAGGGGGGGGAAGAGAAGAAGGGGAAAUAAACCUCUUUGGCUAGAGUAGGGUCCGGGUGAGCAGAUUUCCUUAUCCGGGAAUCGCAGGAGGGGCGGCCAUUGGCUCCGAGGAUCACGUGGGCCCCUAACUUUGUUCACUUGACAGUAAGUAGGAGGGCUUUCGGAAACAGGAAAACGAGUCAGGGGUCGGAAUAAAUUUUAGUAUAUUUUGUGGACAAUUCCCAGAAAUUAAUGGCUAUGAGUUCUUUUUUGAUCAACUCAAACUAUGUCGACCCCAAGUUCCCUCCGUGCGAGGAAUAUUCACAGAGCGAUUACCUACCCAGCGACCACUCGCCGGGGUACUACGCCGGCGGCCAGAGGCGAGAGAGCAGCUUCCAGCCGGAGGCGGGCUUCGGGCGGCGCUCCGCGUGCACGGUGCAGCGUUACGCGGCCUGCCGGGACCCUGGGCCCCCGCCGCCUCCGCCACCGCCCCCGCCGCCCCCGCCACCGCCCGGGCUGUCCCCUCGGGCUCCCGCUCCGCCGCCCUCUGGGGCCCUCCUCCCGGAGCCCGGCCAGCGCUGCGAGGCGGUCAGCAGCAGCCCCCCGCCGCCUCCCUGCGCUCAGAACCCCCUGCACCCCAGCCCGUCCCACUCCGCGUGCAAAGAGCCCGUCGUCUACCCCUGGAUGCGCAAAGUUCACGUGAGCACGGUAAACCCCAAUUACGCCGGCGGGGAGCCCAAGCGCUCUCGGACCGCCUACACUCGCCAGCAGGUCUUGGAGCUGGAGAAAGAAUUUCACUACAACCGCUACCUGACGCGGCGCCGGAGGGUGGAGAUCGCCCACGCGCUCUGCCUCUCUGAACGCCAGAUUAAGAUUUGGUUCCAGAACCGGCGAAUGAAAUGGAAAAAAGACCACAAGUUGCCCAACACCAAGAUCCGCUCGGGUGGCACCGCAGGCGCAGCCGGAGGGCCCCCUGGCCGGCCCAACGGAGGCCCUCCCGCGCUCUAGUGUCCCCCACGUGGGAGCCGCGAACCUCGGGGCGGGGGUGGGUUGCGAGCGCGGGGGGGGCGGUUGGGGGAGACGCGGGAGGGGACCCUGAGGCCUGGGUCCGAAAAAGCCUACCUGCCCUCCCCCCACUUCGUCUAUUUACACGAAUAAAUGCAGAGGAGGGGGGAGGGGAAGCUUUAUUUAUAGAAAUGACAAUAGGGAGGCGGGCGAGGCCCCCCAGAAGCAAGGUUCAAGUCUCUUGCUUUCUUCCUUAAAAAAAAGGAAGAAAGAAAAAGAGAAAUAGGAGGAGGCUGCACUCCUCAUUUUCAGCUUUGGUGAAGAUGGAUCCACGUUUCAUCUUUAAUCACGCCAGGCCCAGGCCCAUCUGUCUUGUUUACUCUGCCGAGGAGAGGACGGGCCUCGGUGGCGACCAUUACCUCGACACCCCGCUAACAAAUGAGGCCCGGCUCGGCCGCCGCCGCCGCCUCUGCCUCUGCUGCUGCCGCUGCUGGAAGACAGUCUGGAUUUUUUUUCUUUGUCCCCCAUUACUGAAACCCAGCGAAAGCAUCCUCUGACUGCCAGAUAGCGCAGUGUUUUGGCCACGGUAACAAACACACGCACACAACCUCUCUCCCCCUCCGUGCCCGUUCAUGGGGACGCUGGCCGCUCACCCCCUUCCACUGCGGGGCUGGGGUAGGGACCACAGGAAGGGGACAAGUGGAGGCGGGUGGGGGGAUGCGUGCCUCGGCUACGCAGGAGCAGGGCAGGGAAAUUGAGUCCAAGAGAAAGAGAGGACCCAGAGACCAGGAGGGCCUUCCUCUGGAAGGUCAAGCCGUGUCUGGCGGGGUGAGGGGCCAGUUGCGUUGUGGGAGCUGGGCACAACCCUCUGGCCAAUCUGGAGUUGUACAGUGGAGGCCUGUUCCAGACUGAAAGUGAAUGUGAAACUAGGAAAUAAAAUGCCCUUCCCACCUGGGAGAUGAGGUUACAGAGACCUCUCCCAUAGUUUAUCAUUGUUGCAUUGAUUAUUAUUAUUAUUAUUAUUAAUUAUUUUAUGUCAUGUGCGUCCUCUCUCCUAUGCUCUUUCUGACAUUCCAAACCAGGACCCUUCUUAGUUCUGGGGCUGCCUGAGUCUAGAACCCUUUGUUGGCGUGAAAAUGUGUGUCCUGUACAGAGUGACAAUAGAAAUAAAUGUUUGGUUUCUUGUGACCAGCA